AUGGCGCGUGAUAGCUUUGACGGAACAUCGCAUCCCUUGUUCAUGACCGACAUGGCCGAGACACUGCCCCUCGUCCGAGUUGGAGAGAAACUGCAAGUCAAGGCGGCAGCUGUGUCGGUGGAUUGA